GUGACAGAGGAGAAAAGAGUUGGUAAAGGUUUCUGUGUGUUGCGAGGGAGGAUUGUGAUGUGAGUGAUGGGAAGCAGCGAAGAAGUGGUUGGCAAAGAAGAGGUUAUCGCAAAACUCAAGGACGAUGGCGACUUUGACAGGCUUCGUUUGAAGAUCGUUCGCAAGCUCAAGGACAACGAAGAGUUGCGACAACAUAUUACCUCAAUUGUGAAGCAAUCAGUGGCACUCAAUCGUGCUGGAGCAGAAAAUAUGAAACCUAGACAACUUUCUGAUGCCAUACAUGAAGAAGUUGGUGAUAAAGUAAUGAGCCAGAUAUCCGAUAGUUUAUGGCAAAUAAUCCGAUCCGGGGAUGACAUGAAAAGUGAAAUCAUGGAAACAGUGCAAUCUGUGUAUGACAAAUUGGCAAACCCGAAAGGGAAAGAUGAGGUUAUGAUGUCCAUGUCUGAUGUGAUGCCAAUUCAUAGACAAGGGGAAACAGCUUCAGCUACUGAGAUUGAUGAUACUUUGCAUGAAAAUGAGCCUGAUGAGCCGCCAGGUUUCACUCUCUUGCAUAAUCAUUUGAAUAAUAACUAUCAUGAAGAGCAGGAUAAAGGGAAGGUGCAAGUUCAGAAGCAAGGAUUCACUGCAGAGCAGAAAGAAGAUUCCCAUCCAUCACAGGAUACACUUGGUGAAGAUGAUGUUAAUAGCAAUGCACCGCCCCCUGGAUUUUCAAUGGAUGUGGAGCAAAAACCAUCUUCUGAUUGUAGUGAUGAAGACCCUGAUGUACCUCCUGGUUUUGGUUGAUAAAUUGGAAGGUGUUUCAAUUUUUCUUCUGUUCUGCAGCCAUUGCUGGCGUUCGAUGUCACAGGAGUCCUAUUUUCUGUUUUUGAUCAUGAUGAACCAGCUAAAAACAAGAGACAAUCUGGAGGUCUCUUGACAUCCCCAUUCCCGAUCUAAUAUUGGAUGCAUUAUUUUUUCUGAUUGGCUUAGGGUCAACUAUUACCUGUAAUAUUUUUGUAUGAACUUAUCCCAAUUUUUCUGAAAUGGAUGCUGGAUCUUCACAAUGAAUUUUGUUAAAAGCUAUUGUCCAAUAGAAACUCGCCUCAAUCAAGUGUUUGUGGUUUCUAUA